AUGGCGAUGAUCUUGCUCCCCAUCCCGCUCAACAUCCUCUGUCCGCACCUUUUCCGUCUCUUCAGACACUCGGCCGGUCUCUGUUCCACUCGAAAACCUUCUUUUCCCAAGUCCAACCUUGAUAACCAAGCCUUUAACUUCUUCGCCUGGGCUCCCACAGCUUUCUUCUUCUUCUUCUUCUUCUUCUUCUUCUUCUUCUUCUUCUUCUUCUUCUUCUUCAACAUGGUUCACUACGUUUUUUCGGGCCUCGUGAUGGCCGCGUCUGUGACGCAAGUGCUGGGCUCUUGCGCCUAUGGCACCCACUUGAUGCCUCGCGCCGAGGAGGGCGUGACGAUCAACACCUUCGGCUACACCGGCGAUAUCGGUCCUCUCAACUGGGUCAACCUGGAUAAUGCCAACGCACUCUGCGCGACUGGCACCCAGCAGUCACCUAUCGACAUGACCACGGGCACUUUCGAGCUCAUCCCCGGCAGCUCUAUCAACCUCCAGAUCCCCAAUAUUGCCAACGGUACUCUCUUCGAGAACCUUGGCACCACCGUCGAGGUCGUCGCUGAAGGCGGCACGAUGGAGAUCGGCGGCGUUGCCUACACCAUGCAACAGUUCCACUUCCAUCUCCCCAGCGAGCACCUCGAUGAUGGCACCAGCCAGGCUAUGGAGAUGCACAUGGUCUUCCAGAGCGCCGACAACCAGAUCGCUGUCAUUGGUACCUACAUUGGAAUCGACAACAACGCUGCCGGGGCCGCACCCGCCGCACCGGUCGUGCCCGAGGCUGCCGUCCCUGCCGAGCCUGCUGCCCCUGUUGCCCAUGCUCCGGCCGUCCCUGCCGCUCAUGCUCCGGCCGCCCCCGCCCAAGCAGCUCCCGUCGUCCAUGCCCCGGCUGCUCCUGCUGCUCACGCCCCCGCGGCUCCUGUUGCCCACGCUCCCGCAGCUCCUGUUGCUCAUGCUCCCGCGACUCCUGCAGCUCCUGCCGUCCCCAUUGCUCAGGACCCUGCCGCCGUCGCCCAUGCCCCCAUGGCCCGACGUGGCCUCGACAAGGUGCUCAGGCGCGAGGCCGCCCGCAGCAAACAUGCUAAGCGUGCCAACGCUGUGGCUUCGCCUCUUCUCGAGACUGUCCUUGCUUCUGUUGGUCAAAUUGCCACCCCUGGUACCGUCACUCCUCUUGGUGCCAUCGACAUGACCGAAGUUGUUUCUCUCCUCACAGCCGGUGACUUGCAGGCCUACUCCGGCUCUCUCACCACCCCUCCCUGCAGCGAGGGUGUGCAGUGGCUCGUCUCCACCCAGAAGCUCAGCAUCCAGCCCCAGACCUUUAUUGCCGCCCGCGAUGUUAUCAAGUUCAACUCUCGCUUUCCUCAGAACACGCCUGGCGCGGAGAACAUCCUGCAGGUCGGCCGCCAGGGCGCUGGUGCUGGUGUCGUGGCCCCCGAGGCCCCCGCCAACGUCACCGCCGCUGUUAUCCACUAA